AUGCAUGUACCUGGUUGUAUUGAAUGGCUUAAUACAGUAAAGGACACCACUGUUAGGCCGACAGACAUCUGGAUCUGUGGUUACCCAAAGUCGGGCACCACUUGGCUCUCAGAGAUUGUGUCCCUAAUAAUGGACGACGGAGUGGUCGAUAGAGUGCGCGAUCGGCUCAUAUCUGAUAGGGUGCCCAACAUUAUAAUUUCAAUCAAUUCUAUUCGCAAUUAUAAAUGGUUUGAAGAAAUACCUGACCCGAGAAUUACUAUCAAUCAUUUGCCACUCAAAUAUUUACCACGUUUUGAGGGCAAAGAGGGAAAGGAGUUGAUCGCAGACUCGGCGGCAAUGAUCGCCACAAUCGCCCGCUUUCUCGGCAAACAGUUUACGGCCGAAACGGUGGCCAACAUUACGACCCACUGUUCGCUGAAGACUAUGCGCGACAAUCCGGCGGCCAAUAAGUCUGAUCUGAUCACUCGUUUUGGUAAACCCGGGCAACAAUUUUUACGGUCGGGUAUAAUUGGCGACUGGAGGGCACACAUGACUGACACACAGUCGGCACUGUUUGACCAGCGCUUUGGGCAACCGUUGCGGGCGAUGGGGCUCCGGGUGUGCGACGACGGGCUCACCGCCGAGCGCUGUGUGCGAGAAAACGGACAUAAUUGCAUUGGCAUUAGGGUGACCACCUGUUCUCUAUUACAGAAGAUUGUUCUCCAAUUGAACUUUGUGUCCCCUGUCCUCUAA